CAUGGAAAAACCGUUUUUUUAAUGCACAUUUAACCCUUAAAACAAUAUUACAGGCAGUUUGUUAAGCCUGAGUCAGACAGCGGGCGGACAUGUGCGCUCCCCUUUUACCCAUGACCGCUGUAUUGUAGGGCGGUGCUGUCGCAAGUGGGCAGCACAGCAUCGUAAGGUUGUGUCCACCUCUCAUCCCCCUUUCUCUGUAAACCCUGCAGGAAAAAGAACGGAAGAUGGCAACUAAAGGACAACUGUUAGACGCGACGCCGUGCCAUUUUACAGCAACAGCAGACAUCGAUGCAUCAACAUAGGACAGGGGAUACGCGGAAAAUAACUAGAGGGGAAUGGUAGUCCGCAAAAAGGUUAAGAGAAAACAUUUGCAAUUUGAAGUCUGUAGCUUUUCCCAGGCGUCACUCGUCAGCAUCAGCAACACAUUGACAUUGCUUACGCUGCCUGGCUGGCCUAAUAUACAAAAUAUCAAAUUAUAAGUACCAGACUGAGAUUUCUCUUUGUUAUAGCUGCCCAGUGGAGCCUUCAAAUAAAUACCAAUCAACGGAUUUUUCUCAGUCUUACAAGAGAAAAAGGGAAGAAUGAGUGAGCAAAGCAUCUGCCAGGCCCGGGCAUCAGUCAUGGUCUAUGAUGACAGCAGCAAGAAGUGGGUGCCAAUCAAGCCUGGACAACAGGGCUUCAGCCGCAUCAACAUCUACCACAACACGGCAAACAACAGCUUCCGUGUGGUAGGCGUGAAGCUGCAGGACCAGCAGGUGGUCAUUAACUACUCCAUUGUGAGAGGACUGAAAUAUAAUCAGGCCACACCCACUUUUCAUCAGUGGCGAGAUGCCAGGCAGGUCUAUGGACUCAACUUUGCCAGCAAGGAAGAGGCUACCACUUUCUCAAAUGCAAUGCUCUUUGCCCUCAAUGUGUUGAAUAGUCAAGAUGGAGGACCCUCUGCUUCCUCGGUGCUCAGUGUGGCCCCCACCUCAAGUGUGCCUGCUGCCAUGCCUGCCCCCAUUGGCAUGUAUCUUCCACCUCCACCUCCUCCAGGGCCACCUCCACCUUCCACUGGACCACCUCCACCCCCACCUCCGCUCCCAGCAAGUGGAGCCCCAUGGGCACAGGGCCAGGUUGCCCAUACCCCCUCGGGCCUGGCAGCUGCGAUUGCUGGGGCGAAGUUGCGUCGUGUGCAGAGGUCUGACGACAGCGCCAAAGGGGACGCCAACCGGACGAGUGGUGGCCUGAUGGAGGAGAUGAACGCCCUGCUGGCCCGAAGAAGGAAAGCAGCAGAGAAGCCUGCAGAAAAGGAAGACAGCCAAAACGAAGACCUCAGCCUGUCUCCAUCCCCUGUAACACGUGGGGCAGAAGCCCAACGGAGGCCUUGGGAUCGAGCCAGUUCUGCAGACAGGUCAUCGCUUGUGUCAAGGGUACGACCUGUAGGGAGCAGCAGUGAUAUGGACGCCUUAGACUUUGACAAAAUGAAGCAGGAAAUCUUGGAGGAGGUUGUACGUGAAUUGCACAAGGUGAAGGAUGAAAUAAUCAAUGCCAUUAGACAAGAACUCAGUAGAAUUAGCACAACGUAAUCUCUGUGGAUGACGUAAGACAGCAGAAGGUGCCACGGUGCUGAGGGCCACCCGAUGGACACGACUGGCUGAGCGGCACUGAGCUGUCCACGUCAUAUCAUCAUGUUGCUAAAUUACCGGAAUGACCAAAAUUUUGGUGGAACGUAGUGAGUACCCCAUGUUUGCUGGAUGAAGGUGUGGAAAGGAGCUGGAGCAUCCGGGAGGCGCCGAGGCAGGAGGAGAUGUGGGAAGAGCCUGUUUCUCUGUGUUUUUAAUUGUUUUCUCUCUACACUUCUGGACACCCAUUUUAUCUCACUGCUUUCAGUCUGAAAAUGUUGAUAAAUUUUUUAUGGAUUUUUUCCCCCUGUAGGUUCCUUAUUAUUUUGCUGUAUUCAGAUCUCACACAGUCUGAUGUCACCCUAUUAUUUUAAUCCUUUGGAGGAAAAUACUGUUAGAAGCACACAGUCUGAACUCCGGUUAUGACCUCAGCAUACUUAUUUUAGUAUGUUUUUGUAUUCUUUUGCUAAAAAAUGUAUUACAUCACUGAAGUAACAAAAAAAUUAAACAAUGAAUAAUUAAAAAUAUCAACUGUCACUAGGAACACUGAAACUCUACACACCAGUCAUGAAUUUACUGGAGUACUUGUGGUCAUGUUAAUAAAACGUUUACUGGUUGCAGAAAUACGAAACAUUGCUCUACUCUACAUUCUUGUUUGACCAUGUUUAUAAAGUUUGAAAUUCACAUUUACACAUUAAUAAAAUUAAUAUUAACGUUGAUCGCAUUAAGAUUGAACUUUAGAGCAUUAGCAGAAAUGAGACUGCAAGUAUACAGUACACUCAUUUUAGACCACGUACGCUUGAACUGAUUUGUGGCAAUCCUGGAACACCGCAUGUAGAGAUCACACAGAUGUAUUGCAAAACUUGCAGUGUUUGUGACUGCAGUUUUUGCUAGGGGGUGGCAUGGUGUUGCAGUGGUUAGCACUGUUGUCUCACACCUCUGGGACUUGGGUUUGAGUCUGUGCUGGUGUUCCAUGUAUGUGGAGCUUGCAUGUUCUCUCCCUGUCAUCGUUGGGUUUUCUCCAGAUACUCCAGUUAGUCCCCAGAGUCCAAAAUCAUGCUGAGGUUAAACUGGAGUUUUUGGUGAACUUUUCCAUAGGUGUGACUGUGUGAGUGAAUGGAAUGUGAGGGUGCCCUGCAAUAUGUUAGCACCCCAAGUUAAACAUUCUGAAAGGUGGAAGGUAUCAAACAUGUUGUCCCAAGGCAGGGAGAUAAGCUGUAGUCUUAGGAGGGUAACACGUAUCCCUGUGAGAAGACUUCUGUGGCUCUCUGCAGUACAUUUGGUCAGUCAGUAUGUUUACAUGCACAGCUAAGUUGAGCUACAGAUAUACCUCGAAUAUGCCAUUUAAUCAGACUACUGUCCUUGUCCCAGUAUACAUGCACGGGAGGGGAAUCGAUUUAUUGACCAAAGUAUGUUUGACUCCGCUACAAUAGGUGCCGAUAUGGCUCUUUUCAGCUUGUUAGUAUUGAGCUUUUUCCAGUUGACCUAUUAUGUCACAGGCAUAAAAAAUAAUAACAUUUAAAAUAAUGGGUGUGUGGACAAAUAAAGUGACAAGCUUUAAUUGCGACAUAAAUUUCUCGCAAACCUGUCUAGGAGUGAUUUAAACAGGAAGGACUUGCAGCACUCAUGCAAAAGCAGAGGAGGUGAACUUUAAACUGAUUUUUAAACAUGUGCUAGAUAAUGUUGAAAAUGAAUAAUGAUAAAAAUUGUAAAACUUGCUAGGUUUUUUUUUCCUAUGUUGUAGCGAGACUUAAACUCCCUGCGCUAUAAUAUCCAUACCAAACUGAAGAAAAGAAAAAGCCUGAUACUGUAUUAAUCUAGCUGACUAGUAAUGUAAGAAUUAGAUAUAGUGAUAUAUAUAGUAUAAAGUGAAUAACACGUAAUACUGGUAUUAAUAUCGCACGUUGUCCAGUCCUACUACAGACAUUUUUAGAAUUUAGUACAAAAUACCCUCAUGUUGUGAUGUCAUUCGGCACCGGAACCAUUUUUUACACCAGUGGAAAACUAGCACCUAUACUGUACUUACCGUACAUUUUAUACUUUCUUGAAGAAAAAAGGUUAAGUGAUACCUUGGGCGGAGCUUAGUAGGGCUCCAUUUAUGACCUCAUAAGUGGGAGGGGGCGUAUCCCUUAUUCUGAUUAGUCGAGGGGUUAUGUCCAUAUAUGGUAUCAAACAUGCUUAUGCCACGUGUUGCAGAUAUGGUUUGGGAGAUAUGGGGGACCGGUAAACUU